AGGUUGUGUCGUCUAUGGCUGUGAGAAAGGAGCGGCCAUGUUUUGAUGCUGAGAUGACAAAUACAGGAUAAAAUGCCCAGCUGUGAGCCCAAGACACGGUUUAUACCAGCCACGUGUGCUUGGACGUUACUUCUAGCCUGCACCACUCUGUUCUUCGUCUACCCAUGUUACUCUCUGUACUUAAGAUGGGGCAUCUACGUCCCUGUGUAUCAGGGUGUCGUCACACUCUUUGUGGUGCUCAAUUUCUCUUUAGCUACAUUCAUGGAUCCUGGAGUUAUACCAAAAGCCUCAACAGACGAGGACCGGGAUGACGACUUCCGUGCGCCAUUAUACAAAAACGUAGAAAUAAACGGCAUCACAGUGCGCAUGAAGUGGUGCGUCACAUGCCAUUUUUACCGGCCCCCACGUUGCUCACAUUGCUCAGUUUGCAACCAUUGCAUUGAGACGUUUGACCAUCACUGCCCGUGGGUCAAUAAUUGCAUAGGUCGAAGGAACUAUCGCUAUUUCUUCAUGUUUCUCUGUUCACUCAGCAUUCAUAUGAUCUCCAUCUUUGCAUUUUGUCUUGUCCAUGUACUGGAGAGAAAAGAUAACCUCACUGAAGUUAGGACUAUAAUAAGUAUGGUAGUGAUGGGGGUGAUUGCCUUGCUCCUUAUCCCCAUCCUGGGCUUGACGGGGUUCCACAUGGUGCUGGUCAGUCGGGGGCGCACCACCAAUGAGCAGGUGACGGGCAAGUUCCGAGGCGGCUACAAUCCUUUCUCUCGCGGUUGCUGUAAGAACUGUUGCUUCAUCCUUUGUGGUCCUCAGUAUCCAAGCAUAAAGAGACCUGCCAAGUACAUAGGGAGGUAUAGGUUCAACCCAUCAUCCAGCCCGCCAGCCCCAGUGUCCACCAUCACCAGCCACAGUCAAGUGCGUGUGUACAUGGACAAUGGUGUUCAGGCACCCAACUCUACUGCCUACAGCCAAGAUACGGCAGGCUUGAUUGCUCAGGAUAACCUGGUGGAGGGGGGAGGGGCCGGAACUUCGUCAUCAGUGGCUGUAGGAGGCGGCGGGGCAGGAGAGGGUGUGGAGGAUGGUGGGCAGCCCCCGCCAGGGAUGAGCCAAAGUCAGGACUGCGAACCCACUCCUCCCUUGCCACGUCACCCUUCCAAGACUAACUUCUUCCAGCCUGACGCACCACCGCCCCACCACCAUCCUGGCUACCACCACCAUCACCACCACCACCAAUAUGUGGACUCUCCCCGCAAGGCUAAUGCAAGUCAGCAGGUUACACGGCCACCACGGUCCCCUCACUCCUCACGACCUAGGGGACUCGAUGGUCGAUCUCGGUCGACCACACCAGACCCACUCUCUCCGGAGAGACCCAUGCAGACUUCCCCGCCAGUUCCUGGAGGCCCCCGCACUGGGCCAUCCAGUCCCAGCGGUCAGCAGAUGUACCAGGGUGUUCCUGGCUCCCCCACGCUGCAUCACCGCAUGAAGCAGCUUGGAGGAGUGCCCACACCCCUCGCCAUGUCUUCUCCUCUUCGUCGAUCGAACCCGAGCACUCCGACGCAGCCACGCCGCCCUGAUUUUAUUGGCAUUGGAAAUGAUGGGAAUCGAGGACCACCUCAGUACUAUCCUCAGUUUUCCUAUGAGCCUCCCCAUUCUUCCCACACCAACGGUUCACCCCAGCGGCGCUACAUGUCUGAGUCUGAACUGAUUCGUCAACCCCCAGACACGAGCUCUGCCUACCCUCGCACCACCACCAUGUUUGACAACAUCCAGGAGCUGGCCGGCUCGCCCCAGCAUGGCCAGUACACAUGGCGGGACCAGUCACCUCCCCAGUACUGCCCGGGUGGUCCUAAUGAUCCAGGUGUCAUAUACCAGUCUUGUGGGUCUCAGGAGUAUCGGUCCAACCCAACCAGCCCCACUCAGACAUGCCCCUCCUCCCAUUACUACCACCCCGUUCACACCCAGAUAGCUGGUGUGCACAGUGGGCAUUAUCAGGCCCAGCACCAGCCCACCUUCACCCACAUGGGACACCCACCCCUCCAGGCCUACCCGCCACAGCAGCAGGUCAAUGUUGGCCGCAGAAACUCCGGUCCAAGUUAUGUGGGUCCUCAGUCGCCUCAGAUCAGACGGAAGAACUAUGGGGGUGGUCUGGUGACACCCCCAACUCCCACGGAAGGCAGCAGGCCCAGCCCUGUCCAGAAGCGUCCUGUGUCUUUUGUGAGGUCUCUAGACAUGAUGGAUAGCAUAGAAAUGUCUUCACGAGGCCCACCCCACCACCCGGGCCCUCCCCAUGGGCCAGCACACGAUGGCCACCAUGCCGGCAUUCACGGGCCCCGGGGGCCUCACAGUGGCACCCUGAGUCCCACACACACCCCAAAACCUGACCACCGCCUAGCCACGCCUCAGGAUAUUGACAGGCGUUCUGCAUAUGACAUGAAUUAUGAAAUAAGUGUGUGAACACUUUGAAUUGCAAGGUUGUCCCAGAAUUUGCAUUAAUGAGUGUCUUCAGUGUAUGUCUAUGUAAACCAUUCUGGCCAUGAGAGCUGGGUCAGCAUCAGAUGUGUGUGUGUGUGUGUGUGUGUGUGUGUGUGUGUGUGUGUGUGUGUGUGUGUGUGUGUGUGUGUGUGUGUGUGUAUGAGUCUUUGUGUAAAGGUGGUUAUGUGACAUUGUGCCAAGUUUUAAUGAUCCACCUGAGACACUUCAGUUUUUAAAGGUGUGAUAAAAGUCUUUGUUGGGAAAUUCAGGCACUUCUUGCCAAGUGUGCACCAAUGCUAGUCACAAAUAUUGUUUACAGUUAAAAGACGAUGACUUGAUGAUGGAGUCAGAAAAAAAGUGUUGCAGUGUGCAGCUGAGGCAUCCAAGGAUAUUAUGGCUGUUGGUGUAGGUAAUGUGGCAUCCCUGGCCAACAUGGUAAUGCUGGUAGGAAAUGUGUUUCCCCUCAUAAUGAUCCUCAAUUGCAUUGUUGUUAAUGGAGAUAUUUUAUGGAUAUAUAUAUAUAUAUAUAUAUAUAUAUAUAUAUAUAUAUAUAUAUAUAUAUAUAUAUAUAUAUAUAUAUAUAUAUAUAUGUAUGCAUUGAAUGAUGUGUACGGUGGGCAUUGGAAAGCAUUCGUUCUCCAUUUUGCAGGAAGUUUACCAUAGAUUUGUAAUUCUGGGUAUGAAUCUUAAGCCAUGUGUAUAGGUGAAGGGAAGAUGUCUUCAUAUUUUAUUACUUUUUUAAUUGGUUUGCUCAUCCUCAUAAUGUAACUAAUCACAGUGGUAUAUUCACCUUUAUUCUAAUCUGUAGAACAAGAGCUUUUGAAUCUUGACCUCUGACCUCUAUGAUCACCUCACAGACUUAGCCUCAACCCACCAAGAGCUCCUCAAUACUGUCUCUCCAGCAGCCUCCACCUUCUACAUUCCUGUUCUCUGUACAUUGUAUUUGCUGGUAAGUGUAACUCCCUCUCAAGUAUUAACUUAGUUAUACUGAUGAGUUGUUUGAGUUCAUAAUCAUACUCUCUGAGGAUACCUACUACCAUGUACCCAAUUAAUGGAUUGUGUUUAUUGCCCUUCCGUCUCGUUGGUGUUUUCUCUAAUGAACAUCCGGCUAUUACAGACUGGUCAGGCACACAGCAUCAUGUUAUGUAAAUUGUGGAUAUAUUAUGCAUGCUUACACUGAUUUUAUGAUGACUAUUGGUUGAUCAGUAUCAGAAUUAUUUCUGCUUUAGAAGUAUCCUGAUAUUUUUUAAAGAUAUUCUGUACUUGAUAAAAGUUACUAUUUCAUAUAUUUUAUGAAUUAUUUUUAGUAAUGAAUUCACAAAUGUGUGGUCAGUACAAGUUAGUUAUAAAUUCUAUAUUUGAGUGAUUACUGAGUUGUGCUUCUGUCUAACAAUGGUAAAUGUGAAGGGGACUGUGGCAGAAACUUACCCACCUUCCCACCACCACCAUAUCUGCAACUAAAUACUGUUGUGCACUUUUCUAUGUGAAGAAAUAGCCAUUGUAACAGAGAAACUGGUUUCCCCACAAGAGCAGCUAGCAGCAGGUUCCUGGGAUGCCUCCCUCGCAGUGUGACAAGCCUCUUGUAGCAACGGCAGGAUGCGCUUGGAUGAGGUCCAGUAAGUGGCAAGAUGGUCUCAUGUGGGACACCUGCCAGCCAAUUUAUUGUAAAAUUAGAGACUAAAUUGUCAAGAUUUUGUUAACUUUUGCUAUGUGAAAAUCCUCACCAAAAUUUAUGGUUGAUGUGUGUCUUGCUCACUCUUAAGUCUUUUCUUCCUCAGUAAUGGUAGUGAAAUUGUAUUUUUGAUUUUGAAUAUGUGGUUUGUGAAAGUACUAACUGGUGUAUUAUCUGCUCCGGAAAAGUUAUGGUUGUAGUCCAGGAUCUUCCAGAAUUUUGCAUUUCACAUGAACAGUCUCAUAAACACUGGAUCAAUUAUUAGAGUUAAAGGGAGCACAAUUUUAAGAAUUAACAUCAUCAUUUGAGUCACACAAGAUGACAAUCAUGAGGUGCAGAAAUAGAGUACUGAAGGCAAGGUGAUGGAGAGGCUUAGUUAAUGUGAGGGAAGUGUGCAGGGCUUACAUGGGCUCCUCUCUUUGUGUGUGUGUGUGUGUAUAUAUAUAUAUAUAUA